AUGGAAAGACUGCAGAAGCAACCACUGACCUCCCCUGGGAGCGUCUGUUCCUCCCGCGGGUCCAGCGUCCCCGGAUCGCCCUCCAGCAUCGUGGCCAAAAUGGACAACGAGGUUCUGGGCUACAAGGAUCUGGCUGCCAUCCCCAAGGACAAAGCGAUCCUGGACAUCGAGCGCCCUGACUUGAUGAUCUACGAGCCCCAUUUCACCUACUCGCUCAUGGAGCACGUGGAACUGCCCCGGAGCCGAGAGCGCUCCCUGUCUCCCAAAUCCAUCUCUCCUCCUCCAUCUCCGGAGGUCAUCCGGGAGUGGCUGGAGAGCCGGACCCCCGGCAGCACUCCGCAGCCCACCUCUCGCCAGGGCGGCAGCUCGUCCCGCAGCAGCGUGCAGCACUUCCACCGACCCGAGACUGACACAACAGAGCUCAACAUAUACAAGAAGCCUCCGAUCUACAGGCAGAAAGAGCACCAUCCCGGCGCCCACCAUGGGAAGCAUCUCAUAGAAGACUUGAUCAUCGAAUCCUCCAAGUUCCCAGCGGCACAGCCCCCAGACCCCAACCAGCCUGCCAAGAUCGAGACCGACUACUGGCCGUGCCCCCCGUCCCUGGCCGUCGUGGAGACGGAGUGGAGGAGGCGGAUGGCCUCCAAGAGAGGGGAGGAGGAGGAGGAGGACCUGACGGAGGAGAUGAAGAACCUGCGGGAGCUCCAGAGGCAGGAGCUGAGCAAGGUCACCUCCAACCUUGGGAAGCUGAUCCUGAAGGAGGAGAUGGAGAAAUCUCUCCCCAUCCGGAGAAAAACCCGCUCGCUGCCAGACCGGACACCAUUUCACACAUCUCUGCACAUGGGGAGCUACAAGAGCUCCUCGCUGCCCGCCUCCGGCAGGAGCACCCUCACGCGGCUGCAGUCGGCAGAGUUCAGCUCGGCAGGCAACGAUAAGGGCAGUCCGGGCCUGCAGAACGGCCAGCGUGGGCGCAUGGACAGAGGCAAUUCCCUGCCCAGCAUGCUGGAGCAAAAGAUCUACCCCUACGAAAUGCUGAUGGUGACAAACCGAGGCCGUGUGAAGCUGCCGCCCGGCGUGGACAGGACCAGGCUGGAGCGGCACCUCUCCCCCGAGGAUUUCCUUCGGGUCUUCGAGAUGCCCCCCGAGGAGUUCAGCAAGCUGGCCCUCUGGAAGCGCAACGAGCUGAAGAAGAAAGCCUUCCUCUUCUGA